GAAUCCCAUUUUAUAUAUAGUAUCUAUCGCUGUUCAAACAUCCACAUAUACACCGUUCCUAUCCUACGAAACAACACAUAUCCAACAUGACUUUGUCAGAAAAAUCAACGAAAGCAAUCUGCAAGCAGGUCGAGUACUACUUUUCGGACUCGAACAUCUCCAAGGACAAGUUUCUUUUGGCCAAGGUGAAAGAGAAUGCCGAGGGAUGGGUCGAUCUGUCUGUACUGGCUACGUUCAAUCGACUUAUGAAGUUUGCCAAGAAUGUGGAAGAAAUCGCUGAAGCUUUGAAGUCAGCUAACAAGGACCUUAUUGUUCUAAACGAAGAGGGAACCAAAGUUAAACGCGUGCAGCCCGUCCCAACCUCGUACGAUCCCCGAUCUCGCACUAUGUACGCCAAGGGUUUCCCCACCGACUUCUCCAUCGACCAGUAUUUGGCGUAUUGGGGCCCCAAAGGUGAUAUGCAGAAAGUCACGACCAGAAGAGACUAUGAAACCAACAAACAGAAAGAUAGCUGUACCGUCGAGUGGGCUUCAGAGAAGGAGCUGGAACGUGUUGUAGCUGAGAAGCACACGAUCGAGAUCGAUGGAGAAGAGAAGGAGAUUGAGGUCAAAACCUGGAAGGAUUACUCUACAGUUAAAACAGCCGAAUUCGCUGAAAAGAAGAGACUGGCACUCGAGGCAGGACUUCCUGAUCCCACGGAGAAGAAGCACAACAAAAGAGACGGCGCACAAUCCAGCGAAAAGAAAGAGCCUGAGCUUCAGUGGUCUGUGGAGGUUCCAGGAUCUCUGGUUGAGGUUAAGGGUCUACCAUCAGAUUUCAGCUUUCUUAAGAUCAAGGCUGCCAUCAACGCCACGGAGACUUUCAGAUGUGCACACGUGUCUCGAGAGGCAGAGGCGGACGAAGCGGUCAUCCGUUUCGACAAGGGUCAGGCCGAAGAGUUUGUCAAAGCUCUCGCAGACAAGUCGUUUCAAUUCACCGAGAAUGAUAGUGAACAUACAAUCACUGCGCGGGCCCUAGAGGGUGCCGAAGAGGCUGCACGAUGGAAGCACAGAGCGGAGAUGGCGCAGAACAGACAACAAAACGGCAACAGAGGCGGCAACAGAGGCGGCAAGCGAGGCGGUCGAGGGGGACGAGGUGGCCGCAAUGACAGGCGCAACAACGACCGUAACAACGAGAGAGACAACGACGACUCAAAGCGCGCCCGUGAGGAGACCCAGGAGGAAAGUGCGGCUGUUGAGGAUGGCGAGAGCAAGAAAGUGAAGGUCGAGUCUGAGCCCAAGGCCAUCGCCAGCGCGGACACACCAGCCGCCUCCCAAAGUGAAAUUAAGGCCGAGAGUGCACCUGCGACUGCCGUGUAACUGACGUCGGUUUGGUGUUGUAUCACCCAGUCACUACGUCGUUCCGUGCGACUUGGAUGAACAUUCGUUGGUUGUGCCCAACUACGUCCCAGCUCGGGCGGCUGGGUGACAGUAACUUAGAAACGCGAAGUACUUUUGCUUACAGAAUCGCCGCGGUUGGGAAUGUCGGCGACGUUUGAUCCUCCUUUGCUAAAUAAACACAUUAUCAAUUAUAUCCUGCAGUGCCGUUUUUAUCUGUCAGUAUCUUCCGGUUCGAGUUGAAUCAUAUUUGGCUAGUCUGAUGCCUCUACAUGGGCGCCCUACUAAUAUAUAUAUUAUUAAAUACGGAUGACAGGGUCUGGCGUACCCUUUGGAGAUAAAGUAAUUUUACAAUUGUGUGCUACAGCAAGUUCAUUUAUCAUUAUCGUGACGUGUGCGUGUCGACCGACAAUACGGACGGCACCAGAUGUAAGUUACGAGUCAAUCUCAUCUGUCAGCCACAAAAUUAGACUGUCGCCAUCACCAACAAGGGAGGAUGAUCUCGAUGCCGUUGUGCGCAAACAUAUCUCAAACAUAUCUACGCUAAUCGGGUCCAAGUGGGCGGAUGUUGUGUUAGCUAAGGCUAUUUCCUCGCUCGCAGUCAAUGGCGACUACAACAUCAAAGAAGAAUGCAACGUCGUUUCAAACUAUGCGGGUUCGCCUGAGUGCAUCAAUACGCAAUGCCAUGCCCCAACAUACAUAAUAGUUAAGAAACGAAUGUGCUCUCAACCGGUGGAGCUAUUGAGAACAAAACAAUGACUGCUUUUCUAAUAUGAAAACUAUACAAUAGAAAUAAUUACAUGCUGCAAAUCAAUUUUCAAGUGCUCCAGUGUAUGAGAAUUGACUUGCACAUCAUCUACAUAAAGGUAAACGAAUGAUCAUACGUCAUUGACUGUGCAAUACCGAAUUGUACCGCACAUCCAUACAAUGUAGCUUUUUUUUUUGGCUUGUUUAUAUACGUCCAUCACACCAAUUGAAAAUAGAAAUACACAAGUAUACAUAUAUUAUAUAUAUAUAUAUAUAUAUAUGCAAUACCGAAUUGUACCGCACAUCCAUACAAUGUAGCUUUUUUUU